CAAACAUCAGUCAGCUGAGAGCGCGCCCCACAAAUAAGUUCGACCAAGUUUUUGUCUGUUUAUAUUGUUAAUAAGUGUAAUCAUACUCCUGUACAUAAAUAGUAAAUAAAUAGAAAGGAAAAUAAAUUUUCUUUCUCUCUAAACUAAAGCAGAAAUCACGAGAAAGUAUAAAAUUUCACGCUCUCCAUUUUAAAAAAAUAUUAAGUAACGACAAAAGGUAGUUUUUCGUGUCACCACUUCGGUUGGAAAUAGUGAGGCGAGCUCUUCUAGGAUCCUCCCCAAAACAAGAAAUCAUAAAUUUCCAGCGGAAAAUCCUUUGCAUGUGAAUUUCACGGAACCGUUAGAAAAAUCAAUAAAAGUGCGAACAAUUCCCAAAGGACCCACAACGUCUCGAAUCGCUUCAGAAAAGUUCUCGGUUUUGAUCCGCAGUUUUGAAAUCUCCUUCCGGACAGGGUAGAAAUGUUCUGAGACCACUUACAUAAUCGAAAUUUCAUUAAAUUGUUAAAAUAAUUGAAGCAGUGAAGGCGAGCACACGUUGGAACUGAACGAGAAACCUGAUAACGGCUGUAUUUCAUUUCUCUCUGAUCUAAGAAUAUUCUAGCGGAUGUACAUAGAACGUUGCGUAAGUUAGAUACGCAUCACAAAAAGAACAACAACAACAACAAAACGAGAAAGACUGAAUAAAAUUUUUAGAAUAAAAAACAAAGAAAUCAUUGAACGCGAAAGGAAUAAGAGCGAAUGAUAAUAUAAAUUUUAAGAAUUUGAAAAUUUUUGUGAUCUCAAUUUUAACUGGAAAGUAUAAGAUCAUCAACAAUUUGACUUACAACCAAAUUGAUAUAUUUUGAUAAAGACAAACAAAAAAGGAAAACCAAAGAUCGACAUAUUUUCGAAUAUUUUAUUCUUUUUUUCAAAGAAAAAGAAAAGAACAUAAGAUAUUAGAAGAAAAAUUGGAGCAUAGAAAUUAGGAAUACCGAGAGAAAGGCCAAGUGAGACAGGCAAGAAACCGUUUCGUUUGUAUCGUAUAAUGUUCAGCAGUUUGGCCGCCUAUUUAUUCGGAAAUACUAGUGGAGAUACAGAAACACCAAGUACAAGCGAAGGCAUAGCUGCUGUACCUAAUUCAAACAACUUAGAAAACCUUGAUCCCGAGAACGAUGUCAAACUAAAAGUUGUUCCGGUCGAAGUUGAAGAGGAGGAUCAAGAAGAGUGGUUGAUUGUUGAUAAAGACGAAGAAGAAAGUUUACCGCGAACUGACUCCGAAGAAGAAAUUCCAUUUGUCGAGAUUAAAAAGCAACGACCUGGCUCAUCUCGACAUCGUCGUGUAGGUAGUAGUGGGAGCGCUCUCAGCACAAAUUCCGAUGGAAUUCCCUCUUUGGCUCAAGGGAUUUCCCAAUAUGGCAUUAGUACGGCCUCGUGUAUGGGUGAAUCAUGGUUGGUUACACCACCGCCAUGUUUCACAUCAACCGGACCCAUCGAUAUGGUAACAUCACCAUUUGAAAAUCUACUGAUUGAACAUCCUAGCAUGUCAGUAUAUCACAGGAUCCGAUCAUCUCGAGAUAACCCAAUUGACAAUGAUACAAGUCUAACUGACUAUCAGCUUAGCUUGCAAUACAUCCUGCAACCGGAACAUGGACAACAACAAGAAGAAAUUGUUGUAGAAAUGCCACCUCAUCCGGCAGCUGAACAUAGUCCUGUUCGUACUGCUCGUGUGGUAGUAUCGAGACGUGCAGAACGUAUUCAGACUUUGUCCCAGAAGCAAUCGAAGGAAAUUGCUCUGGUUAGGGACGCUCAAAAGAUCAACGAGAAGAAAACAAGGCAAGUGUUAUCACGUGGUGCUCUUAAACGUGGUAAUAAAGUUCGUGACUUCAAUAGCAAAGGAGGGCGCCCACGUCGUGCCGAUUUGCAACACUGCAAAAUUCUUAGCGGUGCCAACAACAAUCGCAAAUGCUAAGCGCAAUCCUGACUAAAGCAGUAAAAAGAUCCAACAACAAUGAAGCACAAACAUCUCCAUAACAUCGCCGCACAUACAUUUUUCUGAAGACAUCAUCUAUAUCUUUGUUGAUUGAGAAUCUUUGAUAAUGCUGUGAGAGAAUCCACUGAUUCGGGAGGAUACAGGAAGAUAUCCUUUGCUUAAUCAACUACAAAAAAAUCACACGCUUCGGACGUGUACCAAAAAGCUUAUAGCCCCUUACUUUCUCCAUUUCAAGUUUCAACAUAUUUUUUAAAUUAUAAGAAAACAUGCUACAAACAAAAAAUUACAAAUUUGCCGAUUUUGGUUGAACUCUUCCUUUUUUGAGUAGUAGAAUUGUUUUUGUUAACUCUUAAGAAAAGAAAAUUGUGAUAAAAAUCCAUACAAAAAUAAAAUAUAUAAGGACAAAGAAUUAAAAGUUAAAAAUAUUUUAUAACAGACUUCAAACAUAGGUAAACAAAGCAACAGAAUGAGAAUAUUAUCUUUAGUAAAUUAUUAUUUAUUAAACUAAGACUUGAUGCGAUAAGAACGCACGUUUUCACGGAGGAUAAUAUUUUUAUUUAUUUUGUGUAAAGUUCAUUCGAACAACAGGAAACUAAUGAAUGUGUAUGAGACCCACACGAAUGGUGUACUUUUCUUAUUAUUUCUCUUUGCAAUUCAGCGUAUAUUUACUGAGCAUAUAAAAAUAGGAGAUUCUGCUUACAAACAUAACACCUAAUUUGAAAAAUGCUGUGAAAAAAGAACAAUCCAAAAGAGUUUAGUGUCAGACAAUUAAUAUCACAAUUGCACAAUUUUUUACUGUUUGAUGUUUGCGAAUCUUUUCCGAAAACUAAAAAGUUAAAUUUCAAGUCGAAUAUAUCGUUGUUGCGUUAAUUAAAGUUCUUUCUCAAUCUUUACAACAUUACAUUUACAGUAGUUUCUUAAAUAUUCUAAAAGAAUGGUUUCUCACAUAAAAGCAAACCAUUCACAUAAGCAAUAACAUUUAAGAAUAGAAACUUCUAAUAAAAUUAACACUGACUCGCCAUUAAUGUAUUAAUAUUACGAAGAAGAAAACAUCUCCCUUAUUAACUGCCAUUGGAAGUAAAUUUAUCUACUAUUCGUUUUAACGUAAAUCGGCAACCAAAAAAAGCGACGUUAAUGUUUAAUCAAGGCAAGAAGAAAAGUCUUCUUCAUGAAAAUUGUAAAAAUUUAAAACAUUAAAAUUUAAAAUUAAAAAUAAUCAGAAAAAAACUAAUUUGUCAUCGUAAUUGGGCAUGUGUUCAACAAUAUGUAUAAUUUGAAAAUAAAAAUCAUAUUAGAGAAAAAAAGAAUUAAAUAACAAUCUACCAAAAAAAUGUAUAAAAAUAUUUCAAAAGUGAUAAAAAAUUGUAAAAAUUAGUUAUUGAGUGCUUUUAAUUUCCAGCUUCUAAGGGAAUAAUAAAUACGAAUGAUAUGAUAAUGCGAUAAAGAAAAAAAAACCAAGUUGACAAGAAAACAUAAGAAAAUAAUGUUAAACUGUAUACCGUCUGCAAAGAGUAAAUAAUAUAAAUCCCAUCAUUGAUUGUUAUGUGUAAUGAGAGAAAAUGACAACAAGAGAUAACUGAUGUAUAAAUGCAAUCCAGAGACAAAACAAAAGUGCGCGAGAUAUGAUAAGAAUAUACAAUGAACAGUAAAUGUAAAGUUAUUUGUAAAUUUUAAGUAAAUGUGUAAGACAACUUAUUGUUAAAACAAACAGUAGCAGUAGACAAAGUAUUGAAAAUCAAUUAAAUCAAUUUUAUUGCAACUUGAAA